AUGGGCGAGCCACAGGAGGCCGACAGGGCGGGCGACGGGAUGAGCAUCCAGCGGGUGGUCAGAUUCGGAGGCGCGGCCGCGGCCGAGACGGGCGAGCCAGAGGAGGCCGACAGGGCGGGCGACGGGAUGAGCAUCCAGCGGGUGGUCAGAUUCGGAGGCGCGGCCGCGGCCGAGACGGGCGAGCCAGAGGAGGCCGACAGGGCGGGCGACGGGAUGAGCAUCCAGCGGGUGGUCAGAUUCGGAGGCGCGGCCGCGGCCGAGACGGGCGAGCCAGAGGAGGUCGAGGUAUCUGGCGACGGCAUCCAGCGGGUGGCCAGCGACGGCAUCCAGCGGGUGAAGAGCAGCAAGAGCAACACCAGAACCCCUGGCGCAGCCUUGGCGAGAGCUCCGUCGGCAACAGCAGCCUUGGCGACAGCCCGGGCAAGCGGCCGCACAACAGAAAGGGGACAUGGUCCAGCGGGGUGUGGUUCUCGAAGGAGAGAUGUCGCUCAAGUCGUUCGGUUGGAGCGACUCUCUGGCCGCGCAGGUGAUGCCGCCGACCGUCACUUUCAGCGAGUUCAACCACAGCGAGGCGUCCGACUGGGCACGGCGUGGGGAGGAGCUGGAGCUGGUCGCGACGGCCAACGUGGCCAACCUCUCCCACAGCCCCUUCCGAGCCAUGCUGCGGCGCAUGGACCCCCGGCGGCUGGCCGUGAGGAAGAAGUGGUUCUUCGUGGUGGUGGGUGGGCGCACCUCGCGGCAACACGCGCAGCUGCGCUGGUACAGGAACAAGAACAUGGUGGAGCUCGGCUUGAAGAGGAACAGGCUGCUGCUCUCCGACGUGCGGUGCAUCUACUGCGCGGUGCUGGAGGACGAGAACGCCGUGGCCGACUCCAGGAGAGCGCCAGGGAGUUCUUCCUCGUGUGCUCCGAGCGCACCAUAAAGCUGGCCGCGCCUACAAGGGACUCGAUGAAAUGCUGGGUGACCGCGCUGCUGCACCUGUCCCGCCAGGCAAGGAAGCGGAUCAAAACCAACAGUCUGAAAGGCGUGCCGAGCGCCGUCGUGCGGGAAUUCGCGCGUCUCGACAUCAAUGGUACUGGUGGCAUCGAGGUGGACCAGCUCACAGAGCUCAUGAAAUCGAUGAACCUGAGCACGUCGGUGGCAACAGUACGGGACCUCUUCGACGAGUUCGAUAAGGAUCGCAAUGGCCUUCUCGACCUUGGCGAGUUCGCGUCCUUCUUCGAAUAUCUCAACUCGAAGGAGUCGCUCCUGGAGUGGUUCAACCGCUACGCCAGCAUGGUACCUCUGAGGGGCCCGAGCGCCGAACGCCAGCUCAGAGCUGGCCCCGACGCACCACCGGACCGCAGCUACUCGGAGCUGGCGCUGGCCAUGAGCGCGUCGGCCUACCUGCGGUUCCUGUCGGAGGUGCAGGGCGAGAGCCCCCUGGAUCACGGGAUCCCGUCCCCUUCGACAGGCUUGGGCCUCCCAACGUGCUAG